AAGACUGAGGCGGCUGCGCUUUUCCGACCGGCCUGCCGCCCGCCCGCCUGCCGCCGCCGCUGCUUGCAGGAAGGAGUCGUUGCUGUUGCAGCUGCCGCCGCCGCCGCCGCCGCCGCCGCCGCCAUCAUGGUGCCCGGGGCAGGAGCCGGAGCCGAGGCCUGGGGGCUCUGAGCCCCCCGUUACCUUCCCCUUUCCUCACCCAUCGUCGUCACAGCGCUGCCGCCGCCCUUCUCUCCGCAGCUUUGGGCCGCCGGUUGAAAAGCACUGGACCUAACACCUUUCCUGGGGAGGAUUCCAGAGAUGGUGCUUGUCAAUCAGCUUCAGGUUACUGCACUUAAGAAUGAACAUUGAAGAUAAGCUGGGAGGGUUGUUUCUUAAAUGCAGUGGCAUAGAACAAAUGCAGUCAUCCAGGGAUAUAGUUGGAAUGGGUGCUGCAUCUGACCAGUCAGCAGUUUCUGUGGAACGGCAAGAAGCAGUUCUUCAAGAUCGGACUAUGGCACACCAAGAAAUUCUUUCUGCAGAUGAAGUGUUACAAGAAAGUGAGCUUCGACAGCAAGAAAUGAUCCCACACGAUGAACUCAUGGUCCAUGAAGAGACGGUAAAAAAUGAUGAUGAGAUGGAAGGUCAAGACAGACUUCCUCAAGGGCUUCAGUAUGCAGUCAGUGUCCCUCAGAUCAGUGUGAAACAAGAAAUUACCUUUACCGAUGUAGCAGAACAGCAGAAAAGGGACAAAAAGCUAAUACGAGAGGGUUUAGAUAUGCAAAAGAAGAAGAAACGGAAACAGCGUUCACCAGCAAAGAUCCUUACAAUAAAUGAGGAUGGAUCACUUGGUCUGAAAACUACCAAAUCUCACAUUUGUGAGCAUUGCAAUGCUGCCUUUAGAACCAACUACCAUUUACAAAGGCAUGUCUUCAUUCAUACAGGUGAAAAACCAUUUCAGUGCAGUCAGUGCGAGAUGCGUUUCAUACAGAAGUACCUGCUACAGAGACAUGAGAAGAUUCAUACUGGUGAGAAACCAUUUCGAUGUGAUGAAUGUGGCAUGAGAUUCAUACAGAAAUAUCACAUGGAAAGGCACAAGAGAACUCACAGUGGAGAGAAGCCUUACCAGUGUGAAUACUGCUUGCAGUUCUUCUCAAGGACUGACCGUGUACUGAAACACAAACGUAUGUGCCAUGAGAACCGUGACAAGAAACCCAACAGAAGUGCCACCAAAGUUGGCCUUUUGACUCCUGAUGAUGAUCAAGGCUUCCCUUUGCCUUUGAAAGACAGCUCUUUGCCAAAGAAGAAAAGGCAAAAAACUGAGAAAUUGAAGUCUUCUGGGCUGGACAAAGAAAGUGGGACAGAUAAAUUGGAACAUAAGAAAGAUAAGAAUGAUUUCUUGCCUUUGUAUGCUGGCAGUACUAAAAUUAAAGAUGAAUAUAUGGUUGCUGAAUAUGCAGUUGAGCUACCACAUUCUUCCGUCAGUGGAGGGCACUUACAAGAAGCAAAUUCUGGAGAAAUACAUCCACCUAAACUGGUGCUCAAAAAGGUUAACAGUAAGAGAAGCCUCAAACAGCCACUAGAGCAAAGUCAGACCAUUUCUUCCUUAGCUUCUUAUGAAGACAGCAAGGUUUCAAAGUACACCUUUGAUCUUGUGGAUAAACAAGGUCUUCUGGAUUCUGAAGGCAAUGCUGACAUUGACCAAGUGGAUACAUUACAGGAAGGUCCCAGUAAACCUGUACACAGCAGCACAAACUAUGAUGAUGCAAUGCAAUUUUUAAAGAAAAGAAGAUAUCUCCAAGCAGCUAAUAGUAAUAGCAGAGAAUAUGCCUUGAACGUAGGCACAAUUGCCUCCCAACCUUCAGUCACACAGGCUGCUGUUGCGAGUGUGAUAGAUGAAGGUAGCACAGCAUCUAUAUUAGAUACAUCAGGACUGAAUGUGGAGAUUAAAGGUAAUCAUGACAAAAAUGUCAUUCCAGAUGAGGUACUUCAAACUCUUUUGGACCAUUAUUCCCAUAAAGCUAAUGGCCAACAUGAAAUCGCAUUCAACGUGGCUGAUACUGAAGUGACUUCCAGUAUAUCCAUCAAUUCUUCUGAAGUGUCAGAGGUCACACAAAAUGAGAAUGUUGCAUCAAGCUCUCAAGGUUCCUCAUCAGAUAAAGCCAGUAUGUUACAGGAAUAUUCCAAGUUUCUUCAGCAAGCUUUGGACAGAACUAGCCAAAAUGAUGCCUAUUUGAACAACCCAAGCCUUAAUUUUGUGAGUGACAACCAGACUCUUACAGGGCAACCAGCAUUCUCUGCUAUAGACAAACAGGUCUAUGCAUCUAUACCUGUCAACAGUUUUCGUUCAGGAAUGAACUCUCCUUUAAGAACAACUCCAGACAAGUCUCAUUUUGGACUUAUUGUUGGUGAUUCCCAGCACUCUUUUCCCUUUUCAGGUGAUGAGCCAAAUCAUUCUUCCUCAUCCUCUACCCAGGACUUUUUGGAUCAAGUGACUUCUCAGAAGAAAGCAGAGGCACAGCCUGUUCAUCAAGCGUAUCAAAUGGGUUCUUUUGAGCAACCAUUCAGGGCUCAAUACCAUGGAACAAGAGCUGGAAUAUCAUCUCAGUUUAACACUGCUAAUGGACAAGUGAACCUACGGGGACCAGGGGCAAGUGCUGAAUUCCCAGAAUUCCCCUUGGUGAAUGUAAAUGAUGGUCGCGCUGGGAUGAACUCUUCGCCUGAUGCCACAACAGGCCAGACAUUUGGCUAACAAAAUCUGUAGAAAUAACAUUGGCACUUUAGCACAGGUCUGUUGAUAGUGAGAGUAUCCUGUAUAAGAUGGAGUCCUAUACAGAUUUAAGGCCUUGUGUUAUAAUAAAAAGUAAGCUGGUACAGCAUAUUGGUUACUUGGGGGGUGGGGGUGUUAAUUGCCAUUCUUUCUGAAUUGCCUUAUGUGGUCAUCCACUGAAAAGGCAGAUGGUUAUUUGCUCAAUUGAGAUCAGGAAAUUGCUAUGUUGAGAUUUAAUACCAAGAUUAAACAAACCAAAAAUCCCAGAUAAGGUAUAUCUCCUAUAAUAAUUUCCUAGUUUGGUAACAUUGAUUAUUUUUGGGAAAUGAUAAUUAUGAGUUUAUUCAUAUUGGAAUUUCCCAAAUAGUUAGUCUAGCCAUUGCACUUCAGCAGGGAAUAUGAAUAGACUGUACAGACAAAAUAAACUCAAACAUUUAAAUGUCAGGAGAUUAUGGCUAGACAACUAUAGUGCAUUCUGGGGGAAAAUAACAUUUUAUUAACUCUUAAAAAGUAAUAUACAUAAUCCUUUUAUUGGUUUCUUUCAAUUUCCUUUUACUACACUUUGAGAAAAGUAAUGAUGUUUGCUAGACACACUCCCCUAUUUAAAUGUCCAAUUAAUUAAGCAUACUUUAAAAGCAAAGUACCUACUAUUAAUGCAUUUACUUCCUUCCUGAAGUAUGGCAUAUUUCUUUGUACCUUUGAAGCUGAAAGUAACUUUUUAUUAAUUUUCCCCCCAGAUAAAGGGUAUCAAGAUUGUUAGGUUUUAGCGAAAUUGCUUUGUAGACUACAUUCCCAGUUUCAUAAUGUUUAUAUGAAUGGUAAAAUUCAGGAUUUAAUUGUACUUCAUUCUGCAAAUCUGCAAUAAUUAACAUUGGAGCACUUAGAUUCUUUUCAAUCUUUUUUCUUAUUAAUAAAACUAUUUUAGAUCUUUAGGCUCAAUAUGGCUGCAUCAUUAUCACCUUACAGAAGAGGGUUUUUUUAAAAUGAAAAUUAAUGGGAUGCCUUAACAUCCGCACAAACUGGAUAUUCUCACCCUGAACCUUUUGGCAAUUCAAUUUGAUAGAUACAGUAAAUUACCCAACAAGUGGAAGAAGUAGACAUUUUUGUUGCAUAUCUCACCUUAAAGAACAUUUUUUCUGCAGUUUUGCCAAACAAAGCUGGUCACUAAGGGCAAGCGACCAAGAUAGAAAUGGUCAAAUUUUAUCUCAUUUCACGUAUUAAAAUGUAAACUUUAUCCCCCUCCCAUGUAAAUGUUUUAAUAAUAGAUUGUCAUGAGUUAUACAGUGUGGUGCAACAAUGAGUUCAAUAUACAGUUUUAAAAUGGUGUGGUUUGACUUAACAUAAAUGUUGGGAUAAUUUAGCCAUUUUUAAAAUUGAAACUUUUUUCAUUCUAUUGUAUAUUCAUUAAUGGCUGUUUUAAGCUAAACUUUAGACAGUGUUUUACCGAAAGGCUGAAUGACGGGUACAUCUUUUCUGUUUCAAAAGAUGUUAAUCAAGUAGAUAGAGAAUAAGGAUGCAUAUAUUAUUUUAGAACAUUAUGUCUGCCCAUCAUCUCUCACAGAACAUACAUAGGUCACACAACUCAUCCAUCCAAAGGAUUUGGUUUAGAGAAAUUCAUCUGCAGUCCCCAGGAAUUUCUCACUUCUAAUUAAAUGGAGCCCCUGAUGUUGGCAGUUUUCUUUGUUCCAUCAGUGCAAUUUCAGGCCCAUUUGAGAAUAUACAUGUACUGAAAAUGAUGGAUCACAAGAUUCUCAGACAAUAUCAUAAAUCUGCAUAAAUUCAUAGGUCACAGAAUGCAUAGUUAUUUCUGUGAGACACAAAAAGUACGUCCUUGCAGUAAGGUCUUGUUACGUCCUAUUCCUCAAUUGCCCAAGGAUUAAAGUGUUUAUAGCAAAGUAAAUGAAUAUAAUCAAAAUCUCAUGUCCAAAUAGCUCCGUUAGAGUACACUCACACAUGAAAACUUCUGAAGAAUUAUUUUUUGUAUUUUUCAGCUUUUUCAUUUGUCUGUCCCCAUACCAGAACAACCCAUAACAAUAUACCCAUAACAGAACAACUAGCUUGUACCGGUUGUUAAUUUAAACUAAGCCUCUCCAGUGCCAUGUUUGAGUACUCACCUGUUUUACAUUUCACAGUAGAUUGUAUUCCAGAGAAGUAAGUAAGAGUGGCAUGUGAGAGAAGCACAUAUUUAAUAGUUGGGGAAGAACGGCUAGCAAAGUUAGAAUACAAAUGUGAAUAUGGCAAGACAAAGUCAAGUAUGUAGGACCAAGGUGAAAAUCUAUAAAGUUAUAUAAUCUGUAGGUACUUUCCUGAAAAUAUGCAUUAUGAAAAAUGGAACAGAGAGUAGUGGAAGGAACUCUGGAUAGGAUCCAAAUAUCUUUUAAUGUGUGUGGCCAAACAUUUCUAUACCCACAUCAGUGCUCUACCCAUCUGACAGCUUCUCGAAUUUGCAUUGAGGGAUCUUGCAUGAGGGACUGUGGUGGCAAAGGCAGUGGGGUACAGAAGCCCUGGAGAGUGCAUAAAAUACAUCAAUAUCCCAUGCAUAUAGCUCCACCUGUAGCUCUUGUGAUCCUGCCCACUAAAAUCAUGCAAGAACUUGCUCCUAAAUUGCUUCUUAGCUGAAAUCAAGUUAAUCAUCUUAUUAUUUGCACAUGUUAGGAAGCUAUUUUUCUACUUGGUGGAAUAAUGCUGCAUCAAAGUGUAUUUAGGACCUCUCCUACCACCCGUUUAAACUUGAUAUAUUUGCAAUUCAGAUAAUUUAGGACACAGUCUCAUGCAUAUUUAAGCAGAAAAGGUCUACAAUUCCCAGCAUUCACUGGCAAGCAUGGUAGGCUGAGGAAUGCUAGGAGGUGUAAAACGUUUAGCACAUGCACGGGAUUGCAUCCUUUCAUUUUGAAAUGCAAAUAUGCUGCUUAAAUAUUUUUUUAAAUUUCACUGUCUUUUUAAUAGCUCAUAUUUUGUAUUGGGAUAAGUAUCUCUCUCAACCCUGAUUUGCUGUCCCAUUUACUAUGAAUAUAAGCAAGUUAAUGAAGGAAUUGGCUGUCGGGCAUAUAGCUGAAGUAGCCAUUUUAUCUUCUCUUGGUCUUAAAGUUCAGGUUAAAAGAUUUUUCAAGAAUGGUUUUCUGGAGAGAAACAUAGCAUCAUAUAUACUGCAGUGCACUACAGUUUUGAAGAACAGUUGAGAAGGAGUUCUUUUUCAUUUAUGUUGGAUUGCUUCUUCCUGCUUUUCCUGAAAUUUCUUAUUAUUGCAGACUCCCAGGUAGGGAGGUUGCCAAGAGGGAACAGUUCAAUGAAAGCCUGAAGGUUUGGUGAUUACCAAUGAGAAUGUCUGAAAAUCCCCACACAAGAUGAUCUUCCUUGCUUUUAUUCAGUGGUGUAAUGUCUUGUAGUUGCGGUCUUAUGAAAGCCUGAUUGUCAUUUUAACCGAGCAUUUUGCAGAACUUGUGUACAAAUACUGCAAACUACACCACAAUAGUCAAAAUUAAUGAAAUAUAUAAUUAUGUCACAUGCUUGCUUUUGUUUGCUUAUUUAUUUUGUGAUUUUUGAAAUGGUUUUUCAGAUCUCUAGUGUGAAUUAAUGAGUUUAAAGAAUAGCUAUUGGAUUUCAUUUCCGUAGUUUCUGGCUUGUCUUCUAAUUUCCAUUUGGAUACAUACAACAUAUUCCAUGUUUCUUUAAACUAUUUUUUAUGAUGUGUGUAUCAUGUUUCGUAAAAUAUUUGAAGAGGAUCCAGACGGAUCUACGGUCAGCCUGCUUGAAUAUUUCAGUAUUAUCUUGCUUUGUAUUUGUAAACUUGAGACCCAAACCUAUGUUGGGUAGAAAUUAAACUUUUUUCAAGUUGCAGGGGAAUAGCUAUUAGCUUAUAGUUCAGAACUUUAGAAGGCAGAAAUGUGCUUGUGGUCUGAGUAUUUUGGUUGGUAAAAACUCGUAUGUAAUUCUUCUGAUUGAUAUGAUUAUUAAUAAAAAGCUAUGUUUUUGUUUUGUUAAAUUCUAUUCAAAAGAAACCUUGCAACUUUUGGAAAUGCUUUCAUUUUAUGUUAGUGCAUGCUUGUUAGGUAUGUAGCACAUUUAACAACUCCUUUUGCAAAAAAAGAAAAAAAACAUGUCCUGAGAAAGUAUUCCAACUCAUGAAAAACAUCAUUAUGUUAAAGAUUUAACUUUCAUUAUUUUUAAACAACUUUAUUUCAGGGAAAUUUUCUAGUUGCUUUUGCUAUACAUAUAUAAAAAUCAUUGUUUCCUCUUUUCAAUAAUAAUAAUUUUAAAAAGAGAGAGAUCUUUUGGUAGCGAACUGAAGCAAGCAAACAUUUCUUGCUUUCUUUAUCCCAGUGGAUGGAAAGGUUUUAAAAAAGUGUAAAUGUUUAUUUUAUUUUUUUAUGCAAUAUUGUUCUGUAAAUAUGAGUUAUCAAAUAAGGAUGUACCUAUGAUUGAAUCUUUGAUUCUGCACAGUUAGAGUUUAUAUAUAAAAAUAUAAAUGUGUCUUGACAAUCAAGGACUUACUGUCAGUCUUCCUUUAUGACGUUUUAUUAAUGUUAUGCAUUCCAUUUGUUAGACUUGAGUACCAAUGUGGGAAUUUGUAUUGUCUGUAAAGUAUGUAAUGUUUUUACAGCUUGUUUUUAAACAAAAAAGGAAAAAAGAACCUUGUAUAUAAACGGAUCGCAGUACUGCUUUAUAUCAGGAGGCAUAUGAUGUACUGUAUGUAAGCAAUAAUGCCUAACAGUGCUAACUUUACAAGUAGCAUAAGGAUAGUUCCAAAAACUGUUUGGGGGAGAGUUAAUAGCUUUGUUUAAGUUAAAGUUUUUAAUCAAUAAAUGCAACUUUUUUCUGUUUGUAGUAUAACGUUGUUUACACAGCACACUCGAAAUUGCAGGUAGAGCAGCCCUUAGAUCUGUACUGCAGCUGCGCACACAUUCAUUAUGAAACUAAUGGCUUGGCUGCACAUCUGCCAGAUGAGGAAGACUGCAAAAAUUAGUAUUCAUGUCCUGGAAGGAUGGAUGGGGCUUUAUUUCCAUACUACUCCUGCACCAAUAGAAUAAAAGUUAAUGUGCAAUCCAAGUCUUAAUAUGGAUUCAAUGUACAUUGGGUUUGUGUGAUACAGAAUGGUUCUCUUCAUAAUUUGCAUUGCAGUUGAGUUAUUGAGUCAUGGUUUAUUUUUGCAUUAUUAUUUUUGCAAUAGGAAUUACCAGCUGCUGAAAUGAGCUUUAUUCAGUUCAAGCAAAGCAAAACAAAAAACAAAACAAAAUCAAGCUUAAGUUUGAACUGUGUUUCCAGGCUGUACAGGGCAAGAGUAUGAUUUGAAAACUAUCAUCAUUGCUUUAGUGGGGAAAGAUCACCGAUUUAUAAAUGUAUAUGACCUACAUUUUAUAGGAGGAAAUGUUUUUAAAUGCUAGUCAUUUAUAUAAUAUGUGCUUUGAAGGAUUUGCUAGUUCACUUCUGCCACUUUUAGUACACUGGUAUCUUUUUAUAUGUAAUGUAUGCUUUUUAUUAUUGUAGCAAAGCAUUUCAGUAGAAGGGAUUUUGCAACAGUGUUUGGGGAAAAUUUAUUGUUGGAAACUAAUUAUACUGGAUUCUGUCUUUGUAGUUUUGUCUUUAUUUUAAUGGUGUCGGAAAAAGGACCUUAAUACUCAAAUAAACCCAAUCUACAUUUUUAAGGGUAUACUCAAUAUAUUACACUAUUUGACCUGCAAAUGAUUUCAAAAAUCUGAUCAUGUCAGGAAGAAAGAACGAUUAACUUUCAACUAAAGUAAUGCUUGGGGGCAGGUAAAGAAUAUAAGAAUGCUGGAAUGCAUUUUCUGAUAAAGUAUUCCUUCACCUGGGCUCAUGCCUUCUUAGGCUUUCACUUCAUAAAGAUCCCUAAAAUACUAGCAAAGGAGAUCUCUCUCAAUGGUAAUACAGUAUUACUUUAGCAUACAAUGACAGAUCUGUACAUUUUACUGUGAGUGUUGAUUUUUAAAGCCAACUGAAUUCCCAGUUUAAAAUCCAAGAUGUGUAUAAGUAAUCCAGAUCCUUUUGUAUAAACUUCAAAAGUAUGAAUUUGUGUAAUUAUUUUGUAUUUGAAAUAAAUUAGGUGAUGCAGGAUUCCUGAGAAAUCAGGAAUUUCAUGAUGAUAAAGUGUGUUUGUGUGAUGGUUGUGUAUGGGCAUACAUUCAAAAUUUGCAUGAAUUUUGUGAGAUGUAGAGUUUUUGGUCUUAUCUGCACCCCGGUCAAGGUUUUGCAAAGGAUGAGCCAUGCAGUUCUGAGGGGAUGUGUGUACAUGUUUUUGCACUCAAAGCCAAUACUUGUAUGCACUUUGGACCAGGAGGUGACUUUUCAAGCCCAGAUAUUCCAGGCCAUGUAAUAUGCCCAGCUGUGCAACUAACCACUUGUGUUAACAAAAAGUAAUUGGAAUAAUACGUAUUUUCUUCAGAAAUAAAAAGGACAAAGUCCAGCAUUCUUUUACGGCCUUUUCCAUGGAUCUGUGUGCUCCCUGGCCUCACAUCAAGCGUUCUAUAGAUUGCUUCAGCUAUAGUGGCACAAUCAGUGAGCUCUGCAUGUGGAGCCCCCCAAAACCACAGGCUUGCAAAUGAGAAAGACCUACUGAUACAUUCGAAUUAAACUUUAUCUUAGAGCUGGCUAGGGAGUGCUGGGAGCCGUAUGAUUUUUUUCUGCCUAAAUAUUCACAGGCUUGCACCCUUGAUGUAGGAAAGGGAUUUAUCCUCAAAUAAUAUAUAUAUUUUUUAAAAAGUUAAGCAUACCUGGAUGAAAUAAUUGUUUUGCCCUUGGCACCAUUUUGAUAAUUUGUCAUAUUUAUCUCUCAACAUAAAGCUUUUAAAUACCAUUUUAAAACAUAACUGUAGUUUAAAUGCAAAGUUUAAUCCUUUGAAACAGGGAUAAAAUGGUGAUUCAGAGGGGAGAAAUGGGGUUGAGUCCUCCCUCUGACUAGCAACACUGAAGAGAUCCAGUUUGCUUCCCUGGGUUGUCAAAACAGCAGCCAUUCUUACCUCUGCAAUAAACUACAGUGUAUACAAAACGCUCUACAUUCUAGUUGUUUGCAUGAUUGAAACAGUAGCAAUUUAAAGUGCCAUCCAUAUUUCAUCUUUCAAGGACUGCCUUAAAUUGUCAGUGAUGAGUAACAAUUGCAGAGCUUUCUGCUGAAAAAUCUUCACCAGCUGUAGCCAUCUAGUAAAAUGCUAUCUAUUUAAAUUUCUAAUCUAUUAAAUUGUAUAUAGCUGGUCCCUCUGAGCUGAACAACCUGAUUGUUGAUGAACUAAAGUAUGAAUGAUUUUACGUCUUCCAGUUUGAUAAAGUGAAAGCUGUAUGAUCCCUGCUGAACAGUAUAUUUUGAAAUGAGAUUUAUCCAUUUAAGUGGUAUGUUGGGUUUUACUGCUUUUUCUCAUUCUUUAUUGUGAAUUUAUUUUGAGUUUAUAAUGCCAUUUUAAAAGUGUAUUCUCAGGAAUCAGGUUUUCUUAAAUUUUAGUAAAUGUAUAUUUGCAAUAGUUGAAAUUACAGUGUUCUCUCUGGCUGCUGGAAAAUAAAAAUACAAAAUCCUGCUUUAUGAAUUAA